AUGCAAAAAUACAUGUAUGAGAAAGCUAUGGCUCAAGAGACAAGGAACGGAGGAACCUCUACGUUAAAUAACAACAACGGCGUUGACAACAGCAAGAAGAAGCUGCUAAUAGUCCUCGACAUCCUCUGUCUCUUACUUGCUAGCCUGCCUUUCCUGAUCAUUGAGACUAGCACCAUAAAGCCAUACCAGCGCGGCUUUUACUGUUCGGACGAGUCCAUCCGCUUCCCCCGAAAAGAGGGAGACACCAUUAGUGAUGCUGUGCUUUGUGGUGUGGGCAUUCUUAUUGCCAUCUUCUCUAUUGUGAUCGGUGAGUGCUUCAGAAUUCACCAACUACACGAAGGAACAAAGUCUUUUGUGGGGAAUCCCUACGUGGCCGCGCUCUAUAAACAGAUGGGCGUGUUCCUCUUCGGCUGUGCCGUCAGUCAGUCAUUCACAGACAUUGCGAAGGUGUCAGUGGGUCGUAUGAGACCCCACUUCAUAGAUGUGUGCAGACCUGAUUUCUCCACCAUCGACUGUUCCCUGGGAUACAUCACCAACUACACCUGCACUGGUAACGAGAGUGAUGUGCAAGAAGCCAGAAAAUCCUUCUUCUCAGGACACGCCUCUUUUUCAAUGUUCACCAUGCUUUAUCUGGCCUUCUACUUGCAGUCCAGGUUUACGUGGCGCGGCGCUCGCCUCCUUCGCCCGCUGCUGCAGUUCACCCUGUUGAUGAUGGCUUUUUACACCGGCCUAUCACGAGUCUCCGACCACAAGCAUCACCCCACUGACGUCCUCGCAGGCUUCGUGCAAGGAGCCCUGGUGGCCUACUGCAUUGUGUUUUAUGUGUCAGACCUUUUCAAGCCCAGGGUGAAGCUGGUCACACCGCCGCCCUCUCCCAUCAAAAAGGAACUGCUGCCUUCCUCCGACAUUAUCGACAGAAAUAACCACCACAACAUGGUGUAACAGAGACCAAGUCUCUUCUUUGUCUGUGACCGAGGAGCCGACCGCAGCCAUGCUGACCUCCCAUCGGACAGUAGAAUGUAGCGACGAGAGACUGUAGCUGCUUUUCCAAAUGGCAUCCUCCUCCUCCUCCUCGUCUUUCACCAUUUUGAAGUACCUUGCCAGGGGCCCUGUGGACAAGAGUGUCCUGAAAUAUCCUGAAAAUGGAACUGCAGAGUCCACUGUUAUUAUUGACUAAUAUGUUCAACUACGAUUUGACUUUCUGAGCCCUUUAUUUUGAAGUGAGGCAUCCAGAGAUUUGAAGACAGAUGAAAAACGACAUCAAUGAAUUAGAUCACCUGACAGACAGAGCUGAGGUUGCGGAGGUUUGACAGAAGUGUGACCACAUGAAGGAAAAACCAUGAAAAGGAGAAUGAAGAAGAAAAAAAAUUAAUGAAGAAAAGAACCCUGCCAAGGAAAGGAGGAAGUCUUAGUGCUGCCUUCUCUCUGAUCUCUCUGUGGCCUUAGAACACCAUCAGACAACAACUUCCUUAGGAAGGAUAUUACUGAAAUAACUAGCAGCAUAGUCAUACAGUAUUUACAGUAUAAAAUAUAUAACUUAUAGCACUGUUUUAUUCCUUUUUCGUUAUCACCACUUGCUGCCUGACACGUCCGACAGAAGAAAGGUUUGAUCAUACUGAUUUCCCCGUGACAGAAACGACUGGUUUUUGAAAGUCAACUGAGCCUGGUGUGAUAAUCUUUUCAAACUUAAUACUCAGGUUGUCACUUGAUGCCUUAAGACUUGGCCAUUUUUUCUUUUUUUUUUUUUUUUCAAAACGUCUCCAUCUUCAGCCAGUCGGGCUUUUUCUGCUUGACUGUCAGUGCAGCCUAAACCCGGGAUGUUGCAUUUAAUGUUGGUUAGCUGUAGUGGAGCAGGUUACCAGCAGGUUACCAGCAGGUUACCGCCUGUGGACGGAGGGAGACAGACCCCACCACUCUGCAGCUGCUCAGCAGGUGUGGCUGUGCCACGCCUGCUUUCUCUGUUCAGUGGUGUGGUCAGUCACUGUGGACAGAGGCUGAUGAUUUACAGCUAAGCUGGCACAUUAUUAUGGGAUGAUUGCACUCCCCCUGCAGGCAGGGAGAGGCCUCUCACCGACCCAAUCACUCAUUUGUAAUGGAUUUUUAUUUUUCAGUGAGUU